AUGUUUUGUUUCUUAACUUUUUUUGUAAGAUCUGAUUUAGAUCCAAAUGCUUUGGAGAUACGACCGAAUACAACGUCGUAUUUACUACCAUCAUCUACAAAAAAGAUUCAAGAUUUCGCAUUUGUAAAUUCAACAUCAACAUUAGUAAGCGUUAGCUUCAGUAAAUGCACCGAAUUGAGUACAAUUGGUAAGGGUUGUUUCGAAAAUUGUACAAAACUCAAGUCUAUCGAUCUUUCUCCCUGUAAAGAAUUAAAUAGAAUCGGAGACAGAGCAUUUUACAACUGUUCUUCACUAUCAACAUUCAUAUUUCCAAAUGAGUGUUCUAUAAAGGUUAUUGGAUCCAGCUGUUUCGUUUUUGUUGCUUUGGAAAGUAUCCAAAUUCCAGCUUCUAUCGUUUUACUGCAGUCAAAUCCAGAUGAUUACGGGUUAUUUGCUUCAUCCAGCCUGAAAAACAUUACAUUUGCACCGAAAUCUUCAUUAAAUACUUUAAAUCCAAAAUUAUUUUCUCAUUCUUCAAUCUCGUCAAUCAUUUUACCAUCAUCAAUACAGACAAUAUCUCCACUAGCUUUCGCAUUUUGCAACAAUUUGCAAGAAAUAGAAUUCGAAAACGACAAUAAUCCAACAUUUACAAUUUUUGAAGGCUGUAUCUACUCAAGGAACUGCGAAUACUUCGUUUACGUACCAUCAGCAUUCACAGGAAACAUAACUUUGCACAAUUCAACGAAAGAAAUCGAUUCAUACUCAUUUUCUUUCUCAAAAAUAUCGAAAGUACAUUUAUCUGACUCGGUAGAAACGAUCAAAUCUUACGCGUUUUACCAAUCAUCGAUAACUCACAUCUCUUUCGGUUAUAAUAUUGAAUCUAUUGAAGAAUACGCGUUUGCUGACUGCCAGAAGCUGAAUUCGAUGACACUUCCAUCCAUAAUAACUGUUAUAUCGGAAGGAUUGUUCAUGAACUGCUCAAAAAUCGUAAAUAUAAAUUUCGGAAAUAUUAUUGAGAUCAAAAGCCAUGCAUUUUACAAUUGCUGGUCACUAGUCCAUAUAUCACCGCUAACCCACGUCACAGAAAUCGGAAAGAACGCGUUUGCGCUGACAAAUUUCAGAUCAAUUGUAAUUCCAAAGGAUUUGACACAGUGGAACAACAUUUUGUGGGGAUCAAAGGUCGCAACAAUAAAUGUGGCACAGGGAAAUUCACAAUUUAUCGUUCAAAACAAAAUGUUGUUUUCAUAUGACUUAGAAAUACUUUAUUUCGUGCCAAUAACUCAGAAUUCCACAAUCACACUACCAGAGAAUCUCAAAGAAAUCGCAGAAAGAGCUUUCUACGGUUCAAACCUCAAAUUUAUUUAUUUUCCAGAUUCUCUGAAAAAGAUUGGAGCCUACGCGUUCUACAUGUGCGAGCAUCUAGUAAAUGUAAAGCUCCCUCUCGCUGUAAGGACAAUUCACCAGGGAACGUUUUCUGUUUGCGGUAAUUUGAAAUCCGUAACUUUUUCAGAUGAAAUCGAUGAAAUUGAUGAAGAAGCGUUUUGGAGAUGCAAGUCUUUGAUGUUUGUGACAUUCCCUGACUCUCUGAGACUCAUUAAAUCAAAUUCUUUCGGUAAAUGCCAAAAUUUGAAGUAUUUGAGGUUUAUUGGCAAUCCUGUGCUCGAAGAAGAUGCUUUUUCAGGUUGUCCGAAUAUAUCAUGCAUACUUUGGGAGUCUGCAACAGUACAAACUAUGAAAAAUGCAGGAUUUAGUGAAAAAUUACUGAAUCAAUGCACUUUAGAGUCAAUUAAAGAAGACGUUGAUAGUAGGCCGCCAACUUCAGAUGGUAUUGUCGAUUCCUACAUCACAAAAAUCACUCCACAGACUUUCAAAACUUCGAAAAAUGUUUUAGCAAUUCUAUCGUUCGAAACUGAAAGUCAAUUAAUCGAAAUUGAGAGCUUCUCUUUCAAAGAGUUCACAAAAUUGAGUGUUGUAGACUUCAGAAAUUGUAAAAGUCUGAAAAAACUUGGAGAAUCAGCGUUUUAUGGCUGCAAGCAGUUAUCAACUGUUAUGUUUCCAGUCAAAGCAGACAUAAAACUCAUUGGAGCAUCAUGUUUCGCUUACACAGACAUAGAAAAAAUAACUUUGACAAAUUCGAUCAAUGGAGUCGAAGGAAACAUUACUUCUCCAGGUAUAUUCGAAGGAUGUGAGCGACUGAUAUCAGUAGCCACAGCGAAAUCGAAUUUAAACCAAAUUUGUCACAGAAUGUUCGCAAAUACAAAGAUUACGAAGUUAUUUAUAUCAUCAGGCAUCAAGAUGAUAGAAGGAAGUGCAUUCCUUGGCUGUGACAGUCUCCAAGAAUUCGAAAUUGCAAAUAAUAACAGAAAUUUCCAAUUAAUCAAAGGAUCUUUGUAUUACAGAGGUGAUGGAAAGUUUGCUAUCAUCUAUGCAUCCAAGGAAUACACUGAAAAGUUCAUUUGUCUCCCUGCAAUUUCGGAAAUUUCAAGUGGAGCCUUUGCUUCGUGUCUUUUCAGUUCUAUUGAACUCCCAGCUAAUCUCAAUAAGAUAGGACACUUUGCUUUCUCUCAUUGCUCCAAUUUGACCUACAUUGACGUUCCAAACACCGUAACUUCCUUUGGAGACGGAGUUUUCGAGUUUUGCACUAGUCUAGAGAAUAUUAAGAUCAAUCUAAACAUUUCUAGAAUACCUAGAAUGUUCUUUAUGAACUGUAUCAAGUUAGAAUCUUUUGUUGUUCAAUAUGAAGUCAAAGUAAUUGAAACAAAAGCGUUCUAUAACUGUUCAAACUUAACUGUUCUCACUGGACUCCUCCGUGUCCAGGAAAUCCAAAAUUUCGCUUUCACUUUUUCAGGAAUUGUCACUUUUUAUAUUUCACCUGAACUGAAAUUCAUAGGAAAAGAUGUUUUCAGGGACUGUGAAGAUCUUGAAGAAUUCUCCAUCAGUUUCGGUAACAUUUAUUUCACUUUCUUCUGUGGAGGAUUAUAUUCUUAUGAUUUCAGUACUUUGAUAACGACAACUGCAGGAAAUAUCAACACAUUUGUUGUACGAGAUGGAUGCACGAAGAUUGGAGAGAGUAGCUUCAGAGGAAAAAGAAUUAGAGAGGUUAUUAUUCCAAAAUCAGUUUCAAGCAUUGGAGAUUUCGCUUUCGCCAACUGCUUCAACUUACUCAAGGUACAAAUAGAGAAUAGCGUCAGUUCUAUUGGAAAUUAUGCGUUCUUUAACUGCUCAUCUUUGAAAGUUGCCAAUUUUCCAUCAGGAAUAGAAAUCUUUGGUGUCAGAUGCUUUGCAAAUUGUCUGAAACUAAGGAAGGUCGUGAUUUCUGAUGGAGCAAAAGUUAUUGGAGCGGAAGCGUUCAGAAAAUGCAGAAAACUGAAGACUCUUUCUAUUUCUGACUCUGUAGAAGUAAUAGGAAAGAUGGCUUUCGCAAAUACAGCCAUUAAAUGCGAUGUAGAUUGGCCAAAGAAUUUAAGAGGUUCAAUUGUAGAUGCAGGACUUAGCGAGGACUGCAUCAGGAGAUGUAGUGAAUUGUAA